AUCACCUUCUCCUUGCAGCCACCGAGCCGGGGGGGGAUGUGAACCCCUAUGUGCACACACGCAUGUGCACACAUGCACAUGCACCCGCGCAUGUGCACAAGCCCGUGCCGUUGGAGGGUGUCCCCGUCACGCGGGAGCCCCCCCGGAGCCCCCCGCCGCAGGGCAACACCGCGCGUGGAGACCCCUAUGAGAAAGAAGUGUCCCCGGCUGUGGCCAACCCCCCCCCCCCGAGGCCACCAACCCCCCCGUCCUCCCCCCAAACCACGGCAGCCGGGGCCACCCCGGCCUCCACUUCCCCUUUCUCUUCCUCCUUGCCCCGCGCCGGCACGGCGAGGAGCCGGAAAGCCUGGCAGGGCGAGCGCUGACUCGCACCUCCGCGCAGGGACGUCCCGCAAGCCGGAGGAGGAGCGCGCUCCCGCGCCGGCAGCCUGGACCAGGGCACCCCCCGACCGUGCACCCCCAUGCCGGACCCCGAGGGGGGCCGCUCGCCCCGGCCCCCUGACUCGGCCCUCAUCUACAGCAACGUGGGAGAGGUGCGGGCCCACCUCGUCCCCACCAAGGCCAGCCGAAGGGAAGGAGCCGGGAGACCCCCCUCUCAGACCGGCAAGGACCCCCUACCUCCCCCGUUGCCGAAAAAGCAGCUCCAGCGAGCGGAGUCCCUCCCGGAGCAGGAGCUGGCCCGUCGCCGUCAGGAUGAGACCCCGCUGCACGCCGGCGGCAUCCUCUACAGCACCCCGCCACCCCAUCCGAGGGGCGAGGAGGGGGCUGCCGGCUCCAGCCCACGACAAGAUAGACCCUGCUGGGGACCCAAGAGGCCCCUGACCAAGUCCCGAAGCCUGGGGGCACCCGCGGCCCAGAGCAACCUGCAGAAAGGCAGCCUGGCCCCAUCUCCCGGCCCCGCGGAGCUGACGUUCACGACCCCCGACGGGGAGCUCGGACGCCUCUUCCAGGCCCUGGAGAGCAGAGCUGAGGUGUGCGAGGUGGUGGUGGGGUGCCAGCGGGCGUCCCUGGCCCGGCUCUCGGCUCACAUCCAGGAGGGUCUCCUGGGGAAGGAGGACCAGCAGCAGCUGCUGGGAGCAGAGCUGGCGGGGAAGAAAUGGGCAGAUCUCAAGAUCCUGGCGAAGGACCCGUGUUGUGAAUCGGGGGAUGCCUGGUACUUCCGAGUCGGCUUUGCCUUUGAGCAAGCCCAGCUGGUGUUUGCAGCCAAGGUCCUCAAGUCCCGCUCCUGCAGCCUGGCCGUGCAGACCUCCCUCAGGGCGCACUGCAGCAUCCAGCAAGUGAUCAGCCACUUCACUGACUCCCUCCCUCAGGAGCUUGCCCUCCCGAGAAACCCCAGGAAGCACAGUCAGUCCCAGUCCAGAGAAGAGGACACAGCCUUCCUUGGUUGCCCUCCUGUCCUGCAUGUUCUCAUUUCUCCUGAGGUUCCCUACCAGACCUUAGCAGACUUUGUGAAAGAAUCUCACGACGCGCACAGGGCCAGCCCUGGUCACUACGAACGUCUGGCUUGCCUCCUCCUUCUGCAGGUGUGCACAGGGCUGGAGCACCUCAAGAUGCAGAACGCUGGUCAGGGAGACAUCUGCCCAGAGAACCUGCUGUUAGUGCAGUGCCCAUGUCCUCCCAUGAGCCAGCAAGGCAAAGAGACAUCCCUGGGGCGCUCUCUUCCAAGGCUACUCAUCAGCAACUUCUUCAAGGCUAAAGAAAAGAGAAGACCUUGUUCUACAACCCAAGAGCAAGACUGGGCUGAAGGGUUUUUGGCACCUCUCUCCCCAGUGGCAGAUGAGCUGAAUAUAGGCAUGCUGAUCUACACACUCUUGCAUGUGGACAUCUCCCUGGAAAAUGCCUUGGGCCUCAGAAGUAAUAGGCUUCCUGAAAUCCCAUCCCUGUCUAUCUAUUCCACAGGACUUAAGCGUUUGGCAACGUUGCUUCUCCACAGAGAUCCCUGCAAGAGGGUCUCUGUGGAACAGGCAAAGAGCAUCCUGCAGGUCCUGCUCUGGGGGCCUCGCCAGGAGCUCUUUGCCAGGAGCAAGAAGACACUUGUCUUGCUCCGGAGCUGGGUGGACGUCAAGAGGGCCCUGCUGCUGCUAAAGUUUGCAGAGAAGAUGGCUGGGGUUGGGGGGAGCCCCAGCCUUGAGGAGUGGCUGUGCUGCCAAUACUUUAAAGAGGUCACUGAACACACGAUCUACCAAGUGACCCAGGCUCUCUACACUCCCUGAAGGCUGGAGGGUUUAUGCAUUGAACUCUUGGAGUCUUUCAUCCCCUCCAUCCUCUUGUUCUUCUGAAGAAGAGAUGGAGUCAUUGGAGUCAGAAGGCCAGGCAGUCUCCUGAACACUGAGGAUGAAGAUGAUGUGUGCUUGGGAGAUCCCGCUGGGGGUUACCUAAAGACAAGCUAAAGCUCAACCUGCCCAAGAGACCUCCUGAAAGCCAAGAGCCCUUGGAGAAGGGGCGACCUGGCCAAAUCCGCCGGCCUCCCUCUCCCACAAGGAACCACAGCUAGUCCUGCUAGCUUGGCUGGGAAAACUCUGUUUUUAAAGCUCUGCACUGGGAUGCUGCUUCUUCUAUAGCUCGUUAAUGACAAUCCUAAGUAAGCUGAGACCAAACUUCUACCUUGCAUUACCUUGGCAAGGAGCUCCCACAAUGCAGGACAUAUUUUUGCUCCUUCAGACAAUUUUCGUUUGAUGCUAUGAAUCCAGCUCAUGGGAGCGUCUCAGGAGAGAUGCCUUGACGGAAGCCACAGGGUCAAGUGCCGAUUAAGGGGAUGAUUAUCCUAAGCAGGGUUUACAGGGCUUCACCUCUAGACAAAAAAAUCCUAGUCCUUCAGAUCCCUCCUCCUGCUCCGCCUGCGACGAUGCUUUGUUUUAAACAACAAUUCAAUGGCAAACAUUACCGUUCACCUUAAGGCACCGCUAUCGAAGGAGAAAUAUGACACAUUGUAUAGCCUCACUCUUUAGAAAGAGUUUGUGGCACAGUCACAAAUAUAAAUGACAUUUCCAAGAGGGAAAUACACCAGCCACAUAGCUUCAAUAAAACUCAGAUCUGAG